UCCGCGACUGCAAAGAAGACUGGUAGUGUUUACCUGCUUUCUCAUGUGAAUGCAGCUACGGGAGCGUAUUGAUAAAAUAUUUUUUUUUUUAUUUAAAAAUUUUAAUAUUUAACCAACAAAAGUAUGUCUAAAGCUGCUCAACUCCAACAAACAGACCUGUACGGCUUAAUAGGCGUGGAUAUCGGCGCCAGUGACAAGGAGAUUAAAAGAGCAUACAGACUAAAGGCUUUGACAUGCCAUCCAGACAAGAACCCAGAUAACCCCAAAGCUGAACUAGGGAUUUUCAAGAAUUUACCCCUCAUCUUGGAUUUACUGACAACAUUUCAAUAUGCUUUCUUGACAGUUGAUUCUAUAGCCCGGUUACAAGAGGAAGGGUCAAGACAGCUUGAGGAGCAACAGAGACUAAUACGGGAACAGAUACAAAGAGAGCAAGAAGCAAGGCUAGGCAGUCAUGGCAAAAUGGGAGCUGACAGCAGUGUGACGCCAAAAUUGAAACUAAAAUGGAAGAGUACAAAACAUGAUAAGACCAAUGGUGGUUAUUCUUAUAGCCUUCUAGUUAAUCUUCUACAUAAGUAUGGUGAUGUUCUCAAUGUUAUAAUCUCAAAUAAGAAGAAUGGCAGUGCUAUAGUGGAGUUUGCCACACUGAAAGCAGCAACACUUGCAUUCAAGAAUGAAAGAGGCUUAGUGGAUAACCCAUUAAAGAUCUCUUGGCUGGAAGGACAGGUGACUUCAGAAGAAGCUAUUUCAACAAAGUCUGGACAGUUCAUACAUGGAACCAACCAGGGCUCGUUGUACAGUGAACGGGAUUACGAGAGUGUGGUGAUGAUGAAAAUGCGACAGGCUGAAGAGAGAAAGAAGCUUAUUGAGCAGAUGCAGAAGGAAGAUGAAGAUGAGCCUGACACUUAGCCUGCAGCAAGUCACCUCACUAGAGUUGGUUUUAGCUUUGGAAUAAAUGCUUUGUUUUCUAUUUA